UAAAUACUUUUUGUGAAGACACGAAAAGAGAAAAAAAACAGGUGGUAUACCUUUUACAUAACACACAAGAUUCUAAACUAAUGCCCAGAACCGAGAAAAAAAUCAUUCGUAUAUAACAACUUGCCAACUGACAACUCCGGUAAGUGCAUAACCAAUAAUCGCAAAGCGUGUCUUUUUCGAGCUUAUUGCGUCUGUUAAUGUUGUUAUUGAAGAGAUGCUAGCUCCGAGCCAUUUGUGAAAAACACAGACUUCAUUAGAUAUUAAAUUAUUGCUCAUUAGAUAAAAAAAACUUGACAGGUUAUUAGCACUUGUUUUCUACGUUUCCAUAGUAAAGCAGCUGUUGAAAAGUUGUUUUUGUCCGCCCAUCUUGCCUGUUUGGGUAAUAUUAGCUAGAAAUUAAAGAUAAAGUCACGAAAGACCAACCAAUUUUCCAAACGCAGUGGAUAGCGUUAAUAUUGGUUAGUUAAAUCCAAUUAGCAAGAUCAUGUGACCUUGAACACUUGAUAAAACACGCUAAAAAGUGGAAAGGGAAACAGAUCGCAGCGAGGGCGGACAUGAAAGCCUACGUUUGAUGAACCUAAAUACCAGCUGAUGCUCCCAAGUACCAUGGUGACCAUUAAAUGGCUUGUGAUGAUCAUAGUCCUUAACGUUUGCUUUGGACAAGACAUCAACGUACUGGAAGUCAGUUUGCUUGAUGAUGCAGAUCCUGAUGCUGAACCAACUGUAGCUUCCAGCACGUCUGAACCAACAAGCAGUGCAGCCAUAACACCAUUCAAUAUCACGUUUGGGCCCGCGAAACUUUCCGAGGGACAAAACGGGAUGGGUGGUAACCCAGCCGCUUGCAGGAAAAGAUGCCCAAGUGUGUUGAAUAUUGGGUGGUUAGACAGGCCACCACUUAUCUAUAACGGAAACAACGCGUCUGAACCCAGAGAUGACGCCUCAGUGAAAGUAGUGGGAAUUUUUCCCCGCAUCCUUCAGGGCGCGAUCAACAUUUGUUGCUCACGCGCGCGAAUGUGUGGCCAGAGAAUUGCACUCAACUUCUCACGAUCCGCUCGAAAUGCACUUGAACUCGAUCGCGGAUUGAUAGACAUGAGCUACGACUUCAUAUUGCCGGUAGAUAUUAGCGAUGGAGAGACAAAUUACGGAAGCUAUCCGUACAUCCACGUACUGAGCUCGCCGGGUCUGAUGCUCAUCUGCCACAAGCAGAGACGUAUUGAGAGGAGUCGAGUGCAAGUGCUAAAAAUCCUCCAGAAUACUUGGCCCGUUGUCGUUGUCACGUUCCUUCUGACGGCUUGUGCCGGGAUCACCAUCUGGGCACUGGACUCGACAUGGAAUCCACUUGAGUUCCCACCCACCUUUGUGCGAGGUGUCCUUGAAGGAUGCUGGUGGGCCUUUGUUACCAUGACUACCGUUGGAUACGGUGACCGUGCGCCUAAGUCUCACCUUGGCCGCGUGUUUGGCGUCAUCUGGAUCACUGUUGGAUUGGUCAUCUGCUCCUUUUUGACGGCUACUCUCACCAGUGCCCUCACGUCCAUCUCCGUCAGGUCCUCUGGGAAUGAGCUACUUGGAAGAAAGAUAGGCGUGGUUAACAAUGCCGGCCAUGCUGAAGCCGUAUCCCAUGGUGCGGUCCCGUUUGAAUUUGCAAGCAUGGAAGAAGCGUACCAUGCCCUCGUGGACCAUCAUGUUGUGGACAUGGUCUUGUUUGAGAUUCAUGCCGGCGAGCACUUCAUGUCCAGCCCGAACAGAUACGACAACACGGAGCUUCUCAAGGUGAUCAAGUGGAGCCAAUCUAUCGGAUUCGCGCACUACAAGUACGGCGGCAAGUACGGCAUUGCACACUGGGAUUUAAGAGGGUGUUUGGGCAUGCUAAUGCGAUACCGGCGACAAGAUAUAACGGUCAUUGUUGACAGUCUCUCGAUCAAGGACAAGCCCGACCACGGCAUUGAAUCGGAAAACCUACAUGUGAUCGAUCCCAAUUCGGAGAAUGUUCGUAGCUUCCUGCUGCUUCUAUCGCUGACUGUCGGUUUGAUGUGCAUGCUGGGCGUAGUGUAUGAAAUAAUACGCAGAUGGAUCGCGCAGGACAAAAGCAAGGACAAAUAUUGCGUUAACAAACCGUCCAUUUUUGACCUGAUUGGGAAAUUUCAGAAGCUCGAAAGCUCCAUUCACGAGUUUAGAGAGGAACUCACCAUCGCAACGUCACUUCCAGAACCCACGGUCGCACCAUCGUACAGAUGUGAGCUGCAAAGCUACCAGUGCGGGGGCAACAAAAUGGCUUGAACAUAAAUUUUAUUUUCUGGGUUUUAAACCCCAGAUAAUACAAGAUAUACGCUUUGAAAGAAGACAAGAGAUCAUAUGUAGUUGAGACAAUAAUCUAAUCACUUAGGUAAUAGCCUCAAGCUAACUAACCCAGCAGCAAGCUGGUUAAGUAGUGUGCAUUUGUUAGGAGAGUUUACCUCGCGUAGCUGGCGGUUAGGACGCUCCCCUGAACCACUCCUCCCCACCUCCACGCACCUCCCGCGAAAACAAACGUAGGUGAUCGCUGUGUCGGCGAAAAUCAAUUACCCAGAAAACUGCUCCGAAAUCCAACUAAGUCACAAGCGUCGCCGCUUCACCGAGAAUACUUUGCUUUAAAAGGGUAGAUAAGAGAUAAUACCAUCUUGGAGUAGACUUGUUAGAGUACUUUAAAAAAUAGUAAGUGCAUGUUUUGUCGAGAAUUUAUUUUGUAGGUAAAACUUAAAAGUACUCAAUAAAAGAGAGGAUUCGGUUGAGUCGAUUUA